GCAACACCUAGAAGCUGAAUACUCACGAUUAUGAUCUUCGUUUAUCAUGCUGCGCUUGUUCAUAGGAGCGAAUAAUUAUUUGAAUCCAGCAGGCUAAAUUAUAUACGCUGAUACCCGAUUAUUACCUGUUCUCUUGUGGUGUUCUCGAAAUCAUCCUAAUGUACGGAAAUACUACUUCAUAAACACCCAUUCGUUAAGAGAACACAGAUUUGAGCUGUGAUUCGGUUACCGCCAGCAAUGACUUGCACCAACGUGUAUUUAAAUUGUCGAAUAGACUGAGUAGCAAUACAUCAAAUUAUCUCUCGACAUCGUUUUCACGACAGCUACCACGACUUUUCACCAGCACUUACAAUUUCAUCGUGGAAUACACUAACAUCAACAAGAUCACCUCGAAUUGGUUGAGAUAGCAAGAGGGGCGACUCGAACUUCUAAUUCAAAAAGUUUUACUCAUUGCAAGUGUCUAUAUAAAAGAAUUAUCCAAGUCAGCCGUCAAGCUCCAUACUCUGUGCGCAGGCCACGUCUAUGAAUCACAGUACCUGCUACCAGCGCAUUCGUUUGAACAGCCGACUAUACCCCUAUACUAAGACUACAGCUCGCCCCUUCAACAACGGCACGGCAACACAGCCUCCUAUUAUACGAGGUCGAGUCAACCGUAUCCUAAUAUUCCCUGGCUCCUUCAACCCACCUCACCAAGGUCACCUCAAUCUCCUCAAGCAUGUCUUCUAUAAUGCAGGAGCAGACCUCAACAUCAUCGCAGCUAUCAUCAUCACCACUGAUGAUGAGAGACUAAAGAUGAAGAUGGAUAAGAGGGAGACCGGUAUCGUCCUUUCUCGCGAGAAGCGAGCUAACCUCUGGCGUGGUGAUGGCAUUCCUGUUGACUGGGCAUGGGUCUACGAUAACUCUGAAGCCAGCUGGCCAGGAUUCCGAACCAAGCUUGUCAAUACGUUGAAGAGGGAUGGAGUCGACAUCAAGUUCGUUCUUCUCUUUGGUCCAGAUGCCAUUACUGCAGACGGCGGGUAUAAUCCUACAUGUUGGGACUGCGGCGAUGCUAUCACCAGUGACAUCUCUCGCCCCGUCGACUUCCGCUAUCCCAACAGUCUUCGACAACUCGCGGGCUGCACACCAUGGGUAAACCUCCAGGAUGGCCGAGCUCGCUUCGAUAACAAAGUCUCGAUCUGUCGCCAGAACCGAGUCCGGCCCAGGGGCACUGUCCGAUUCGUACCAUGUGAUCUGGACCGACGAUCUCAAGAUGCGCCUAGUUCGACUAAGAUUCGAGGGAUCAUUGAGAGCUCACCCCAGGAAGAAUGGGAGGAGAAGUUGAAGGGUGUCGCACUCCACCCGAAGAUUUUGGUUGAGUACCUCAAGGAACUUCCACCGCCUACAAAGCCUGCCGAGUCAAAGGAGGAUCUUGCGAAGAAGCAGUGGGAGAGUAUUGUUUGGUAAACACCAAGGCUGAUGUAUUUGUAUUGAGGGGAUUUUCAGGCACUUGGCAGCCAUGUCUUGAUAUCGAAUGACGGAGUUAUUCUGGAGUUGGUCAUGAAGCAGUAGCACAUGUAAGGCGCUGGGAGUUCUCAGAGUGAAUGAUAUAGAUAAAACAAAAUACAAA